CAUUAAAUCAGCUCGUAAUUUCGCGCAAACAUAUUUAACAGUGCUAACCAGUGGAUGCUGUUGAUGUUCACUACUCACUGUUCACUGUUUACUUGCUCUUUACCAGCUACUCUCGGUACUGUUACAGUUUGUUUUUUUUUGUUUUGAGUAUAAUUCUGAACGAAUUGAGCUACAUACUCAUCGCAUCUCCCUCCACUACUGAGUCGCAUGCUGUAGUGUAUUUUGGUCCCUUCGAAGCUCCACGUUGGGGAGCCAUGGCGUACAUCCACUCGCAGCCACUCAACACACACAGCCACACACACAUCCACGCACACAAAAUGCACAGAACAUAUAAAAGUGUUUGUCAUUAUAAGGAAAUGCUCAGUUACUCACGGAAUUUCGGCAUUCGAUGUACGGCAAAACAUUGCUAGCAAAUAAAGUAUAUUUGAAAAUUCACCAAAAAAUAUACCGAGUGUUAAAAUUGUUGUGUGAAAAAAAUUUCAAAUGAUUUCCAUAAAAUUAAUCAAUUAAAACGAUAAAAUAAAUAACGCUCCUUUUAUUCUUCAAUUAUUAAAAAAAAAAAAAAAAUCCAAUAACAACCAGAAAGUGUUAUGCCGGUCAGCAUAGGACAUGAAUACUACGAGCGUGAAACAGUCGUAAUGAAAUAAAAAAGUAAAUAUACCUACACGCGUAUAUAUGAAACAACUAAUUUAGUGCGCGCAAACGAUACCAGAUAGAGGUUAACGAAAACGAAAGCUAAAAUAAUGCAAGACCAAACAAAUGAUACAGCUCAUAAAUAAUUCAUAAAUAAAAAUGUUCUUAUUAGCGUUACAUGUACAUGCACAAAUACAAAUGCAAUUAAAUAUAUGAAGGAAAUUCUUGAAGCAACUUAGAUACUCAUCGGCGAUUACAAAAGCGUGAAAAGUAAACAAGUUUGGGGUUGAGAAAAUAUUACAAUUUAAAAACAAACAAAAAAAUAUUUCAAAAAACGGCAACAGUUGAACAGACGCAACCCGAUUUGGGAAUCAUUUAAGUAACAAACGACCGUCCUCAUUGCAUGCAACCACAGCUAAUGCCGGCAAAUUGAUACCGACAAUUGUGACGUCACAAAAAAAACCACAACACCACCAACAAAAACAGAAAAAUCAACACAAACAAAUGACAGCGAAACGUAAAAAUUCAAAUUCUAAUGAGAUCAACAACACCAGCAGCGCGAACACUGCAGCGACAGAAGCGCCACCUGCCAACACGAGGACGACAACAACAACAGCGCCAGCAACGGCUGUCGGCACCGUGACGUCAGCAAACAGCGGCACGAUCGCUGCCAAUAAUGGACCCUCACCGCCGGCAAUAGCGCCAACGAGGCGAGAACCAAACAUCAGCACCAGCAGCAGCAAAGAUGAUAAUGAGACUGAUGUGAUCGGCGAGCUAGUGGGACAUUUCGGCAAGUGGCAAUGCCUGAUGACAAUGUUAUUGUCAUUAUUUCAAGUGCCCAACACAUUUCACAUAUCGUCGCCAGUGUAUCAGGCGAUCAACAAAAAUUUCUGGUGCAGUCGACCGCCACAUUUGCAGAAUUUGUCGGUGGAUGUGUGGCGCAAUCUGAGUGAUUCACAGGACAAUUGCUUUCAGGCGAACAUCGACUGGAGUCACGUGCGAAACGAUAGCAUAGAGAUGCAGCCAGCGUUGCAACAACUUAGCCGGCAGCAACAGCAACAGCAGUCACAUGGCAGUUUGCCACAUCAGCCCUCAGCGGUGUCUGCAUUUCAACACUAUCUUAUCUCACCGCUGGCCGUCGUCCAAAAUGCCACACGCAUCCCCUGCUCGGCUUGGGAAUAUGACAACGAUGACAAUUUGGGCAACACAUGGACUUCACAGUGGGAUUUGGUGUGCGACAAGGAGUACUUUAAGAAUGUGGCAGAAAUGUUCUUUCUAUUGGGUGUGGCAACAGGUGGCAUUUUAUCGGGCUAUUUGUCGGACAAAUUUGGCCGCAAAAAGAUGCUCUUCAUAUCUGCUGUCCUACAAACGAUUUUUGGUCUCGCCCUCUACUUUCCCGAUUCGUUGGAAAUGUUCCUACUGCUGCGCGCCCUGCUCGGCCUAGUCUCUGUGUCCGUGACUUAUGCCGGCCUAAUAUUGGCCAUUGAAUAUGUGGAUGGCAAAUGGCGCACCAUAGCUGGCAUGUACAAUUUAUUCCCACUGCCACUUUCGUACAUGUUGAUCGCAGGUAUUGCCUAUCUGACGCAGGACUAUCAGCAGCUACAACUCUGCAUCGGCAUACCAGGCAUAUUCCUGUGUUUUCUAUGGUUUGUCGUACCCGAAUCUCCGCGCUGGCUGUUGGUCAAAGGCCAUAUUGCCGAAGUGAAAAUUAUUGUGGAGCGCGCUGCUAAAUUUAAUGGUCGACAGUUGCCAGCCGACUUUGAGUCAAUGCUAAAACCACCGACACAGGAAGAAUCUUCACAGAAUUGCAUCAGUCUCUUCAACUCGGGUUACAUGCGUUGUGUGACGAUUUGCUUUCUAUGCAUUUGGUUUACCAUGAAUUUGGUGUAUUAUGGCUUGAUAUUGAAUAUGAGUUCAUUUGGUGGAAAUGUUUAUUUGAAUUCGGCUUUAGCUGGCCUAGUCGAAAUUCCUGCCAUUGCCAUUGCCAUGUACAUUAUACCUAAGGUUGGCAAAAAGUGGCUAUUCUGCGCCACAUUCAUCUGUACGAGCAUCGCCUGCUGUUGCGCGGCCAUUACCGAGGGCAAUGAUGACCAACUCUGGCUGAAGAUUACAUUCCUCAUGAUUGGCAAAUUCACUAUCAGCGCCGGCAACACUAUAAUGCCCGUCUACACCGCUGAACUCUACCCGACCGCCAUACGUAAUGUAGGUGUUGGCGCUUGUAAUGUGGCCGCUGGUGGAGCACUCAUACUCACACCAUAUCUAUCUUUGUUGAAUAAAAUUGAGAUUCACCUUAUGAUGACGCUGCUCACAGCAUUUGCAUUCUUUGGUGGUUUUGUUGUGUUGUUCCUACCUGAAACUAUAGCUGCUCAAACGAAAUCAGAGCCACAAGAGCAAAAAUGUUAGAAUUGACCCACUUUUAUGUGAAUACGAGUACUAUCCUCCCGAAUGAUAAAACGCAAAGCAAAAUAAAAUUGGCGGAUGUCAAAAUACAACAAAGUUACUUAGUAAAAUAAAUUUGGCCCACUUGUCGCUGUCAACUUUCAAAACUGUCGAACUGCUAUGGCGAGCAGUAAGGUCUUUAAAAUGUAAGAGAAAAAGUAAUGAAAACAAAAACAUAAAGUACAUAUGUAUGCAUUAUUAAGAAUAAGAAAAUUGAAAAUAAAUAUUUGUAUUUUGGCUGGACCAAAAUAGUUACACAUACAAAUAAACACAACAACAAAAACAAAGAAAUGUAACUAACAGAAGUAAAAACUGAUAAUAUCAUUUCAUACAAAUCCACUAUACAACAAGUAUUUACUUAAGCAUACAUACUUACAUACAUAAAAAUGCAGGCAAAUAAUUUUCAACAUAUCAGUGCAACAACUAGACAAAGUUAUUCCUGACGAGUGACAUUAAAUUUGUGAUUAUUUUUUAACAAACGAUCACAAUAAGCUUUCGAACUGAAAGUGGAAGUUGCAAAAAAACAAAACAAACAAAUAUCAUAAAAACAACUUCGGCUAUGUGUGCAUGUAUGUAUGUAAGUUAUUCACUAUUUAACCACACCCACAUAAAUUUAAGAUUAAAUACAAAAACAAAACAGUUAAGUGCAAACAGUUAUUCAAUACAGGCAGGACCUUUUGUUGCAAAUUCAUAAUAUUUAAGAAAAUUGUUUUUAAUGAAAAAUGUUAAGGAGCAAGAAAUUAUCACUGAAAUGAGCAAAUAAAAGAAAACAAAAACUGAUUCAACUCACAUAUACAUAUAUAAAUUAUAUAAAAAGUUACUAUUUAUAAGGUAAAUAUAUCAACUGAUGCC